AUGCGAGGGGCGAAGAAGCGCCAGGCGCUGCCCGCCAUCGUGCUCCUGCUGCUGGCCUCGGCCCCGCCGCCGCCGGGCGCCGAGGGCAGGGACGUGCCCGCCGCCGGAGCUGAGCGGGGGGCGCUCCUCGACAUCCUCCUCCAAGCCCUGGGCGACGACGGCCGCCCGCUGCCGCCCCGCCCGCCGCGGAGGGAGCGGGUGAUCUCCCGGCGCUACAGCGGCGGCGGUGCCCCGCAGACAGACCCCCGCGCCGCCGCCGCCGCCCCCCGGCCACCCCCGGCCAACGCCGCCGCCCCGCCGCCCCCGCGGCUCCUCGCCACCGCCCGGCACGGAGAAAUUUUUCCAAGAGAUUCCAGUCUAAAAGACAAGUUCAUAAAACACUUUACAGGGCCAGUCACAUUUUCAUCAGAGUGUAGCAAGCACUUUCAUCGACUGUAUCACAACACAAGGGACUGCUCAACUCCAACCUAUUACAAAAGGUGUGCAAGGUUGCUAACAAGAUUAGCAAUGAGCCCUUUGUGUACACAGUCCUAGGAUGUUUGCUAUACUUUCUACCAAGGAGAGAAUUCUGAUUUGCCAAGAAAGUGCCUUGAAAUCUUCAAAAACAGAGAAGACGUCUUUUACCUUUUUGAUUUAUAACAUUUUGUUACUAGAUGCAUUUUAUUUUCAUAUAUUUGUCGGACAUUCCAUAUUUGUGUGAAACAUUAUUUUAUUUUGUAAAUUUGUUGCCUAUAGUUCAGACAAGCCAAUUAUUUAAAUACAUUGUAUAUAAAGAAUACUAAUGAUAUACUGAUUAAAUGUUAUAACCGUAUGCAGGGAGCUGGUAAAAUUUUGCUGUUUCUUUUCCAUUGUAUUUACAUUGUUCUGCUCAGGCUCUUACUCUCAUUAUUUGCACUAACUUGAAAUGCAGAAGUCUAUGUAACUGAAAUCUGAAUAAGCUGUAAGUGGGGAAGUUUUACUUGCCAUGGAAGAUAUUUUAUAUUAUGAAGCUUUGUUAAUAUAUACAUAUGUAUUAUUGCACAUCAGAAAAGAAUUGCUCAGAAAUGCACCUUGCUUUCAGGAACAUUUGUAUGACUAUUCUGGAUUUUCAUCAGUUACAUUUGUACUGGCACUUAUGGAAAGAGUUGCAAAUAAUGUAAAUAUAAAGACUGGAAAACUGCAAUGCAGUUUUGGUGGAAUAAAGAACAUAAAAAUAAACUAUUUUACAAGAGGGAUUAUUUAAGUUUAUUAAGAGGUCACUUAUUUAAUAUGUAAUUUUUAUCUAUCUGGUGAACUUGAAAUAAUUUUCCACUGAGAAAUUCAAACUUGUGGGUUUAGUAUUUUACAGCAUUUAAUUUUCAAGUGGUAAAUUUUAUUCAACCAUUUGUUCUACAGCUGAAUGAGGUGCAAACAAAAAUGCAUCAUGCUCCCACAGUGUGAAUAACAGAAACCAUCUGUGAGGAUAAAAAGAGGGUAAUAAAAUAGUCCAGUAGAAGAGAAAAUACUUUAAAGAAUAAUAUCAUAAAGCCAAGAGGUGUAAUGAAUGAAUUUGGCAGGUGACACAUCAAUCUUAACUAUUUGGGAAGAAUGCAAACCACAGCUGCUGCAUAUUUUUUAUUUAAAAUCAAAUUGCGUUGGUAACAAUUGCUAUCCAUUUGUCUGCAUAUCUUCUAUUGCAAGCUUAUAUGAUUGCUUUGCAAAGAACUAAGUAUAAAGUGAGGUUUUUAUGGUUAGGCCCAGGGUAAUUGACAACACACGUUGAUUACUGUGCUCAAAUCACAGUUCUUGAGAUUUAUUGACCAUUCAAGAUAAUCCCUUCAGAUUAGAUGUUAUCUCUAUCCUUUCCCUCACUGAGGCCUUCAUGAGCCCCUUAACUUCUAUGGCCAACACUUUUCUGUGUACAGAAUAGGAGGAAAACCCUGUCUGGGUUUCGAGUCAAAUAACAAACAGCUGCCUUAUUAUCCAAAGGGUUUUUCCUUCAUAUUUCUAUUUUGUUCAGUGUGUUUCAACACCAAAGUUGUGCAGUGUCCUCUGAUGAACUAGGCAGUUCAACUCACAGCUCUUGCAGGUACUUUUAUGUUCUGUUUGGGCAAGAAUUUAUUAUAGCACCUGUUUCUAACCAGCCCCUUAGUUCUGGUCAUUGAAAUAGUUUCUCCCUUUGUAGUCCCAGCCAGAAGGUUGUCCUGUGCUAUUUUUAUUUGUGAUUAAUUGGUUUGGUUUUUAACCUUUCUGACAUCAUGUUCUUUUGGUAAGAGCAAAGUUUUCAAGUCUCCUUCUAAUCCAUGUUGGAGGCAGUAUUAAUGCUGAAGGCACAGUAGCAUAUGGGAAGUCCUGGUGGUUGAAUAGUGAGAUGGAUAUUCUUAUUUCUCUGUAACAUACUGCAUAGAAGGAUUAUCAGCCAAAACACUUUAGCCAGAGAAGAAAGGAUGAGGCUUAGAACUGACAAUAAGAAAUUUCAAGAAAAGCAUUUGUCUUUACUUCUGCUUUUAUAUUUCUACUCUGGUUUGCUUGCUUCCCAAUUUUUAAUAAAGUUUCUUCAUUGUCUCCUUAAGGGACUGAAAACAAUGAAAGUAGAAGCAGAGAAACUGGUGUACCUUUUUUUUUUUUUUUCCCUGAAAAUGACUUUUUGUGAUAUUUGAAUUCCAAUGAGAAAACCUAAUUUUGGUUAUUUCAUAAAAUUUUGGGGCUCAAAUCUAAUGUAAUAAUCAAGAGCUUCACCUUUGUAAAAGUAAAGACAUCUUUCUAUUGUGUAGAAAAGUGAUUAACUACCUAUCUUUGAGAAGGUCCAUACAUGUUACAAAGACGCAAAGCAGAGAUCAUUAUGACAAAUAAAAAUUUUGAUGAAGGAAAGAAAGUGCAUGAAGUGAUUAAGAGGAUAAAACCCCAUAGUUCUCUCUCAGAAGGCAAAUGGCUUAGAAGUAUUUUUUUCCCCUGGAGAGAAAUUCUUCUUUGAGACAACGGUGGCAUGGAUUCCUUCUUUCUGUUUAGCCCCUUUUUUGGUGGUCAGGAUGUUCUGAAUAACUGGAAAUAAAACCAGCUUUUCUGUA